CUAGCUAGCUAGCUACUCCUUUCUAGUAUCUCUGGUCAAACUACUCGACAGCUAGCUAAACAUUUAGCUAAGUAGCCUUUUAGCUGAGCCCUGGAAACAGAUGUGGCGAAUGCUACCACGGAAACAUGUCAAAGAAUAGGGUAGGAAAGCCAUUCAAAUGAAAAUGCUUGCAUGCUGUGUAGCCAACUCUAGAUACAUUAACGUUACUGUUUGUGCAUUUUAACCUGUGGUUCUGACACUGGUGAAGUUGAAGGCUCUGGUUCUUCUAGGCAGCUGAUAGUGGGCUCUAGAGCAGAUCUAGCGCCGAUUAUCAGCUGCCUAGGGUAGUCUGGUCAGGACUUCAUUGUGUCAGAGGCAGAUAUAUUUAGCUUUGUCUGUUGUGAACGUUAGCAAAGAUAAUCGACUAACGUUAACGUUAAAUGUCUAGCUAGCUAACUUAUUAGCCUAUCACUUGUUCAGGCAAUUGUGAAUGGCUAGCUAGCUUAACUCAUUCAUCGUUUUACCAGACUGCUGGAUACAAGGGUCCUUAUGGUUAUCAAAAAAGAAGAGAGGGGUGAGUUGUUCUGCAAAUAUGGUUGUUAACCAGCUAACGUUAGCUAGCUAACUAACGUUACUCACUAGCAUGAUUUGAAACAUCUGACAGUACAUAGCGAAUUUGACAUUCAUUUUGACACCCAGCUAGCUAAUUGAUGAUAGCCACUGUAGGCUAAUGCUAUUAGCUGUGUGUGUGUGUGUGUGUGUGUGUGUGUGUGUGUGUGUGUGUGUGUGCGUGUGUUUUGUUUCUUUGCAUUUUACUAGCUAUAUUGUGUGUACACACUCUUAGAAGAAAAGGUUUUACAUGGAACCAAAAUAGUUCUACCUGGAACAAAAAAGGGUUAUUCAAAGGGUUCUCCUAUGGGGACAGCCGAAGAACCCAUUUAGGUUCUAGAUAUAACUUGUGUUUCUUAGUGUAGACUGACUUGCUUACAUGACAAUAAGUAAAAUGCACAUGAUUUGUGAUCUGUGAACACAGUAAUGGCAAAUGAGAUUUUAUCUGGUGUGAUGAUGUUGGAUGUCUGAUGUUUGUGACAUAGCUUGGCAAUAGAAGAAACUAACAAACCACUUGUUGACUCCACAGGGAGGGAAGAAGUUGUGUGCGUUACAAAUGUGGCCUAACAAACACCAUUCAGGAUGUUUUGCGGCAAAGACCAGGCUGGAUGGAGGUCAAAGAGUGAGUUGUGUAGGCUAGACCUAAUAACUUAGCCACAAUCUGUGUGUGUGUGCGCACUACAUUGCAUUUUGAUUAGGCUAUGUAGCAUAUUGUAUCCAGAGUGUAUGUAUGUAUGUAUGUAUGUAUGUAUGUAUGUAUGUAUGUAUGUAUGUAUGUGUGAGUGCGUGUGAGCAUUUUAAUUAGCUUAUUGUAUCCAGAGUGACUUAGCCAACUUUACAAGAAGUCAAAUGCCCAUGUUUUUUUUUUUUAAUCUGUGAGCACAGUGAUGGAGAAUGGGAUUUUAACUGGUGUGAUGUUGGGUGGCUGAGGGAGAAUUUCGACCACUCCUACAUGGAAGAACACGUGAGGAUAUGCCAUUUUCGCAAUCAUUAUGAGGUCAGUCAGUACCAUUACACAUUAGUCAGUAACACUUACUGUGGGACCCCCUAUGUAGGCAUUCAUAAACCCUUUACAACACUAGCCUACAAAAUACAUUAGGCUAUAAUAGCCGUCAUAUGUAUUCUAGUUAGAUGGCAGGCAAAUCUGUUGUCAUGUGCAGAAGUUGACAUAGAAGCACAUGACAACAUAUUUGCCUAACUAUAGCCUAACCAGCCUCAAAAAAUCUUAUGCCGGUGUCCAUAAGAUUCAUGUUAAUCACUGCCUAUAGGGGACAUUAUAAUGUUUUAGCUGUUGUGAAGGCUUUUAUGAUGCAUGAGGAUCCCUACAGUAGUGUUACCAUGUAUUGUAAAAAUAGCUGUUACCAUAUAUGGACAGCAGGUGUCACUGUAACAUAUUUUCCCAUGUGGCGCUCAUAUUUAUAGUAAUGCGUAUUAUAAGGGCAAUCUGCAGUUCAAACAACAAAGCGGGCACCCCACACUGUUUUGGUAAACAGCUGAGGAAUGGGGCUGGAGAAAUGCAACCACUCUCAAAUUCAUAGUUAGACAGACUUAUGGAUGAAAGGACUGACCAUCCAUGAGAUCAAAAAUAUACAUUACUAGUUGAAGUAAGUCGCUCUGGAUAAGAGCGUCUGCUAAAUGAUGUAAAUGUAAAUGUAAGUAAGAUCAUGAGGCGUUUCUUCAAGAAUCAAUGGGUAUAUAGGCUAUCAUUCAUUUAAAAGUCAAAAAAUGGGUGUACCAAUCGCAGAUUGCCACUCAUAACAUAACACUUAUGUUUGUACUGUAUCAUAAUCUUAAUUUGCUUUAUGAUGCAGCUAACGCGCAAGAACCUAAUGGUGAAAAACCUGAAGAGGUACCGCAAAACCCUUGAGAGGGAAGCUGGCCGCAUUGAAGCAGCCAAAUGUGACUUUUUCCCCCGAACCUUUGAACUGCCCAGUGAAUACCACCUCUUUGUGGAAGAGUUCAAACGGAGCCCGGGCAGCACCUGGAUCAUGAAACCGGUGAGAGGACCUGCAGAUUUGUUUUAAUGUUUAAUCUAGGCCUAUCUAACCUUUAUUUAAUCCAUUCCCAUCAAGAUACAAAAACAUGUAUUUUCCAAGGGAGACGUGGCAAACAAGGCAGCUCCAAUUAAAAAAACACAGAACAAUCAUACAAUCAGAACAUACCUGUGCACUAAGUCUAUAAGUCUACAAAUGCAUUAUUUUCAAAAGUGAACGUGACAAUUCACACAAGCAUAGUUUAGCAUUAGGUUGUCAUCAGUAAUAAGAAGAGUAGACAAAACAAAACUAUUGCUUUUACAUUAUGCACUUACAUAUUACAUUUGUAUCUUUAUACUAUAGUUAUGAAGUUCAUCUCCCUCUAUCAAUCUUUGUUCAGGUUGCAAGAUCUCAGGGGAAGGGCAUUUUUCUAUUUCAAAAACUAAAAGACAUCAUGGACUGGAAAAAGGUAACACCAUGCGGUAAUAUAAUACGUUGAAACAUGACAUUAUAUGAUUGUUGUGCAAUGUAGAUAUCUUAUAGGUUGUUGCCCUUAAACCAUGUAAACAUUAAGUCCAUGUUUGUAAUAAUACAUUUGAAAAAAGACAAUGACAAACACACACACACACUGACAGUGGAUGUUUGUGUUUGUACAGGAUGGGAGUCGCUCAGAGGAGCAGAGAGAUGAGACUCAAGUGGAGAGCUACGUUGCACAGCGCUACGUAGAAAAUCCCUACCUUAUCAGUGGUGCAUUAAACUUAAGUUUGAUAAUAGGUCUAAGUUUGAAAUAAAUUAUUACACAAUGCAUACUUUUGAUGUUUAUGUAUUGCUCUUCUCUAACUUUCUCUUUUUAUGACCUUUCCUUAAAUAGGGAGAAAAUUUGACUUGAGGGUUUAUGUGUUGGUUACAUCAGUAAGUUUAGGUCUUCUUAAUCACUAAAUCAAUCAAAAUCAAAGUAAUCAAAUCUAUAACUAUUUUAGGAGAUCAUUGGAUUAAAGCACUUCACUCAUACAGGCAUGACACGUCAACUGAUGGAGUAAGCAACACAUGCUGUAAAAUAUGUAAAUUGAAUACUGUUAACUAGAUUUCAUUUGUGUGUGUGUGUGUGUGUGUGUGUGUGUGUGUCUUAGUAUAUCCCACUGAAGGCAUGGUUAUAUCGAGAUGGCUUUGCCCGAUUCUCCAGCACUCGAUUCUCUCUCACCAGCAUUGAUGACCAGUGUAUCCUUCUCAUUACCUCAUUACAGCCUUAAAUGUGAGCUGAGUUAUUGUCUAAGAGCAGUUAUCUGCACACAGUAGUCAACUGUUCUGCAGCCAAAUAAUAAUUGUAUUUUCCUAAGAAACAAACUCCCAACUGUCGGCUCUAUUUCAACUCGACUCAAUUCAGGAUGAAAUCCGGAAUCCUAAUAAUAAAUUGUCUGUGACAAUUUGAGUCUUUUGAAUUGCCUGGCAUUUAAAUAUAUUUGACCCAAAUUCUGUUCUACUAUUUCUCCAUCAUCUCUUUCUCCAGUGCCAGUCUGUUUAUGCCAUCAUGCCAACUCCUUGUCACUCAUUGCCCUGUCAAACAGUGCAUUCCAAAUGUAUUCAGACCCCUUGACUUUAUCCACAUUCUGUUACGUUACAGCCUUAUUCUAAAAUUGAUUAAAUCGUUUUUUCCCUCAUCAAUCUACACACAAUACCCCAUUAUGACAAAGCAAAAACAGGUUUUUAGAAAUUGUUUGGCUUGGCAAUGACAGCAAUGGAGUUGUCAGGAGCACAAACAGAUAUGGGACUAGGCUAAGAGAAGAUGUCUCCUUAAUGCCUCUCCUAAGAUGUCCAUCUCACCAAUGUGGCAGUGCAAAAAACAGCGCCAGAUUAUGACCCUGAAAAGGUGUGUAGAAUUCCUUCAAAAUUCACAAUGUUGGGGGUAAUCUAUAUCGACCAAAUGUUUUGUAAGACCACUAUUAAACAAAAUUGAAGAAUAAAUUACUUUGCUAUGAAUCUCUCUCUCUAUUCUCUCUUCUGUGUGUGUAGGGCUGUAAGUGGCAGAUGCAGCAGCUUCGGCGAUACCUGACUGCGAGGCAUGGCACAGAGACCAUAGAGGCUCUGUUUAAGGACGUUGACAACAUAUUUGUUCGUAGCCUGCAGAGUGUGCAGAAAGUAAUCAUCAACGACAAACACUGCAUUGAGCUCUAUGGCUAUGACAUCCUGCUGGAUCAGGACCUCAAACCGUGAGACACGCACACCUCCCUCCUCAUUCCCCACCAACUGACUGCAUUUCUAAUACAAAGCAUUAACCAGUCUGACCCCAAUAUGUAACCAUUAAAUUGCUUUAUAAAUCUGAAGUUUAUGUAGGAAGGUAUGUAAAAGAUACUGUAUCACUGUGAAGUUAAGUCAAGCAUUUGAAGUAAACAUCACAUAGUCACAGAAUGGUAGUAAGACCAUGCAUUGCUCAUGUCAUUGCAUAUCGUAAAAAAAUACGUUUAUACUUGGUUCUAACAUGCGUUCUUUGUCCUGAUCUUGUCCACAUUCUCAUUGUGACCACAUAUUUCGACAGGUGUAGAUGAUUAAAAGACACAUUGUGAUCUGAUUUUGUUAUCAGAUCUUCCUGACCACCUCCAGAGUUAGUCAAGGACCCAUUGUGCCUGGAUAUCUUACAAGUGUUGACAGGUCUGGACAGUGAAACCAUUGAAAUCAUCUUUAUAUCACACUCUAAUAUCAUUGACAGGUGGCACCAUUGACUUAUGGCAUCAAUAUGUUUCUAAAAUAAUCAUUAAAUAUUACUAGCGGUACCCCGCAAAUCAAAAUGUGUUUUAUCAGUUCAGCUUUUUGAUCUUUGGAUAUACACUACCGUUCAAAUGUUUGGAGGGGUGGUAGGGUUAGUGGAAAAUAAUAAAGGAAAAUAUAUUUUUAAAAUAUGUACACUACCGUUCAAAAGUUUGGGGUCACUUAGAAAUGUCCUUGUUUUCGAAAGAAAAGCAAUUUUUUUGUCCAUUAAAAUAACAUUAAAUUGAUCAGAAAUACAGUGUAGACAUUGUUAAUGUUGUAAAGGGCUACUGUAGCUGGAAACGGCAGAUUUUUUAUGGAAUUUCUACAGUGGGGGAAAAAAGUAUUUAGUCAGCCACCAAUUGUGCAAGUUCUCCCACUUAAAAAGACGAGAGAGGCCUGUAAUUUUCAUCAUAGGUACACGUCAACUAUCACAGACAACAUGAGCAAAAAAAAUCCAGAAAAUCACAUUGUAGGAUUUUUUAUGAAUUUAUUUGCAAAUUAUGGUGGAAAAUAAGUAUUUGGUCAAUAACAAAAGUUUCUCAAUACUUUGUUAUAUACCCUUUGUUGGCAAUGACACAGGUCAAUCGUUUUCUGUAAGUCUUCACAAGGUUUUCACACACUGUUGCUGGUAUUUUGGCCCAUUCCUCCAUGCAGAUCUCCUCUAGAGCAGUGAUGUUUUGGGGCUGUCGCUGGGCAACACAGACUUUCAACUCCCUCCAAAGAUUUUCUAUGGGGUUGAGAUCUGGAGACUGGCUAGGCCACUCCAGGACCUUGAAAUGCUUCUUACGAAGCCACUCCUUCGUUGCCCGGGCGGUGUGUUUGGGAUCAUUGUCAUGCUGAAAGACCCAGCCACGUUUCAUCUUCAAUGCCCUUGCUGAUGGAAGGAGGUUUUCACUCAAAAUCUCACGAUACAUGGCCCCAUUCAUUCUUUCCUUUACACGGAUCAGUCGUCCUGGUCCCUUUGCAGAAAAACAGCCCCAAAGCAUGAUGUUUCCACCCCCAUGCUUCACAGUAGGUAUGGUGUUCUUUGGAUGCAACUCAGCAUUCUUUGUCCUCCAAACACGACGAGUUGAGUUUUUACCAAAAAGUUCUAUUUUGGUUUCAUCUGACCAUAUGACAUUCUCCCAAUCCUCUUCUGGAUCAUCCAAAUGCACUCUAGCAAACUUCAGACGGGCCUGGACAUGUACUGGCUUAAGCAGGGGGACACGUCUGGCACUGCAGGAUUUGAGUCCCUGGUGGCGUAGUGUGUUACUGAUGGUAGGCUUUGUUACUUUGGUCCCAGCUCUCUGCAGGUCAUUCACUAGGUCCCCCCGUGUGGUUCUGGGAUUUUUGCUCACCGUUCUUGUGAUCAUUUUGACCCCACGGGGUGAGAUCUUGUGUGGAGCCCCAGAUCGAGGGAGAUUAUCAGUGGUCUUGUAUGUCUUCCAUUUCCUAAUAAUUGCUCCCACAGUUGAUUUCUUCAAACCAAGCUGCUUACCUAUUGCAGAUUCCGUCUUCCCAGCCUGGUGCAGGUCUACAAUUUUGUUUCUGGUGUCCUUUGACAGCUCUUUGGUCUUGGCCAUAGUGGAGUUUGGAGUGUGACUGUUUGAGGUUGUGGACAGGUGUCUUUUAUACUGAUAACAAGUUCAAACAGGUGCCAUUAAUACAGGUAACGAGUGGAGGACAGAGGAGCCUCUUAAAGAAGAAGUUACAGGUCUGUGAGAGCCAGAAAUCUUGCUUGUUUGUAUGUGACCAAAUACUUAUUUUCCACCAUCAUUUGCAAAUAAAUUCAUUAAAAAUCCUACAAUGUGAUUUUCUGGAGAAAAAAAAAUCUCAAUUUGUCUGUCAUAGUUGACGUGUACCUAUGAUGAAAAUUACAGGCCUCUCUCAUCUUUUUAAGUGGGAGAACUUGCACAAUUGGUGGCUGACUAAAUACUUUUUCCCCCACUGUACAUAGGUGUACAGAGGCCCAUUAUCAGCAACCAUCAGUCCUGUGUUCCAAUGGCACGUUGUGUUUGCUAAUCCAAGUUUAUCAUUUUUAUUAGAAAACCCUUUUGCAAUUAUGUUAGCGCAGCUGAAAACUGUUGUGAUGAUUAAAGAAGGAAUACAACUGGCCUUCUUGAGACUAGUUGAGUAUCUGGAGCAUCAGCAAUUGUGGGUUCGAUUCCCCUCUCAAAAUGGCCAGAAACAAAUAACUUUAUUCUGAAACUUGUCAGUCUAUUCUUGUUCUGAGAAAUGAAGGCUAUUCCAUGCGAGGAAUUGCCAAGAAACUGAAGAUCCCGCACAACACUGUGUACUACUCUCUUCACAGAACAGCGCAAACUGGCUCUAACCAGAAUAGAAAGAAGAGUGGGAGGCCCCGGUGCACAACUGAGCAAGAGGACAAAUACAUUAGAGUGUCUAGUUUGAGAAAGACGCCUCACAGGUCCUCAACUGACAGCUUCAUUAAAUAGGACCCGCAAAACACCAGUCUCAACGUCAACAGUGAAAAGGCGACUCCGGGAUGAUGACCUUCUAGGCAGAGUUGCAAAGAAAAAGCCAUAUCUCAGACAGGUCAAUAAAAAGAAAAGAUUAAGAUGGGCAGUCUGAGAUAUGUCUUUUUCUUUGCAACUCUGUCUAGAAGGAACGAACCCCGGAAGAACAGCGUCUACAGAAUGACGACAUCGAGACCUACCAAGGUGACGUGGGCGAGUCUGCUGGCCCCAUUCCUGUCUGGAGACGCCUAAAAGGCGCAUUAUGACCUCAACACCGAACAGGCGGCUGACUAUGACUGUCUCAAGAUGGAGGUACUCAGCCGCUACGUUACAGCCUGGCCUGUCGGGCCCAACUGGUCCACGACUGGAGGUUCGUGGCCGAAGCUUCCCCCCGAGCCCAGAUGAGCAACCUACUGCGCAUCACCAGAGCAUGGCUCCUAACCAACCUAGCCACCCUCCCCGUUAUCGACAAAGUGGUAAUGGAUCACUUCUUACGGGCGCUACCACACGACAUGAAGAGAGCGACGUGCCUAUGCGCGCCCCAGACCUUGGAGGACCUCUUGGGAGCCGUGGAGAUGCACCAGAAUACCGAGGCCCUGCUGAAGGGGACGCAGGCCGAGUCCGGGAGCCGUCGGAGGGGACGGAAGGACGACCCCACCACCGUACUACCCAAUCCGACAGUCAACCGGGCUAAAGGACUGCAGACCCGCGGAGAGACAGCCGGGAGAGAGUCGACCCCCUGCCGACGACCCCAGAUGGAUGAAGACCAAAGGAGGCAUUUUGAGUGUGGCGCCCGUGAACACCUCGCAUGGAAUUGCCCGGGUCGAGAGGAGUCGAUGCCAUCAGCGGGCCCCGGAGACGAGCCGGGCCACGCAGUAAACUACAUCACAUCCUGUUGGGCCCACAGCGAACCACCAGCACCCAUGGUCCAGGUGAUAGUCGAUGGUCACGACACCCAUGCUCUGUUGGAUUCCGGGAGUGUGGUAACGCUCGUACAAGCACGCCUGCUGGCCCAUCCGACCGACCGUGGUGAGGAGAUGUCUGUCUCCUGUGUCCAUGGCGACACCAAGCGGUAUUCGACCUGGCAGGCCACCAUCGUGACGCCACAAGGGAGUGCCAGAUGAGGGUGGGUGCUGUACCUGAGUUGCCGGUACCCCUCCUCGUGGGACGAGAUUGUCCGAGGGGAGAAAAAGAGUACAAGCCGGCGACUGACAAGAGCGGACACCGCCGUGUUUUCCGAGAAGCCGAAGGAACGGUACGAAAAAGGCUAUACCGGAUCCCCGAGGCCCGAAGGAAGGCCGUGAAGCAGGAGAUGGAGGGUAUGCUGAGGAUGGGAGUCAUCGAGGAGUGCCACAGCGCAUGGUGCAGCCCCAUUAUGUUGGUGCCCAAACCGGACUGCGUUUCUGCAUUGACUUCCGGGGGGUGAACAACAUCAGUUUGUUCGAAGCCUACCCCAUGCCGAGGGUGGACGAGCUCAUCGACCAGUUGGGAAAGGCCCGGUACAUCAGCACCCUGGACCUAACCAAGGGAUAUUGGCAGGUACCCUUGGCAGCCUCCUCCUGGGAGAAGACGGCAUUCUAUAACGGGACCUCCCGUUUGGUCUACAUGGAGCCCCACCCACGUUCCAGCGCCUGAUGGACCGAGUCCUCCAACCCCACCAACAGUACGCAGUGGCCUAUUUGGAUGACAUCAUCAUCCACAGCCUGGCAAGCCGGGUUGACAGCGAAUCCAAAGAAAUGCAAGCUGGUGUUCGAGGAGGUGGAGUACCUGGGAUAUUUGAUCGGACGGGGGAACAUCAAGCCCCAGGAGAGGAAGGUUGAGGCGGUUCGUGACUGGCCCGUUCCCCUCACCAAGACACAGGUCAAGUCCUUCCUGGGGCUGGUGGGAAACUAUAGCCGGUUUAUCCCCAACUUUGCGGCUAUAGCCUCCCCCCUUACCGAUCUGACAAGGGUCCGCCUCCCAAAAACAAUGAAGUGGUCGGAUGAGGCCGAAGCGGCGUUCAGGCGCCUGAAGGAAGCCCUGUGCUCCCAUCCGAUUCUCGUGACGCCCAAUUUCCAGGUACCGAUGCUGGUGCAGACGGAUGCCUGCGACACAGGACUAGGGGCCGUCCUGUCCCAGGUACAUGAUGGGGAAGAACACCCCAUCAUGUACAUAAGCCAGAAGUUGAUACCCCGAGAAAAUAAGUACUUGAUUGUCGAGAAAGAGUGUCUAGCGAUGAAGUGGGCGCUAGACACUCUUAAGUAUUACAUGAAAAACAAAUGAUAGUCCCACUAAGCGCAAACCAGAUGGGAUGGCGUAUCACUGUGGAUCUGUUGGUGUGUUCACAAUGUAAAGUGAUAGCCAGGUCUGGCACUAUUCUUGGAUCAUCUUAAUGUUGGAUCAUUGCCGUAAUCCUAAUCUCUUUUGGGCCGAUUCAGAGUUAUAAGCGCACGCAACUCUUGACUUUCACUUAAAUCUUUAAUUGAUGUCAAUGGGAGACUGGUGCGAACAUUCAAGUCUGAUCAAGUCGAAUCGCAAUUCAGAAUGUGUCUCUCCACAGGUGGCUGAUAGAGGUGAACGCCUCUCCCUCUCUCACCGCCAGCAGCCAAGAGGACUACGAGAUGAAGUGUUGUCUGCUGGAGGACACCUUACACAUCGUGGACAUGGAGGGCAGGUAGGGAGUAGGGCAAGGAACUCAACCCAGGGCCAACAUGCCUACUGGUUUCCUUCUUUGCUUUUGAUUUAGCCACUGAUUUAGACCUAGGAAAUCAAGAUUCUCAGGCCAAUCGGUGACAUACUGGGUUUUAAAGUAACUCUCCAAGGACAAUAUAACUUUUAACAGCUCAUUCUGUGAACUCAUAGCCAAAUAAUGUUGUUGACUCACUUGUCCUUUACUUUAUUUGUAGCCAGAGCAUAAAUUUGAGAAUAGCCACUGUAAUACCCCUUCUCAAACCUGUAUCUGAAACAGACGGUUUCAAAAAGUUGACCUCUCAUACUUUGGCUGAUACGUCUCAUUAGCUGAACUGGCAAAUCAGCUCUUCACAAAUUAACUGUUCAGAUAGGAGUUCACAGAAAAGGGGGUUGGGGGGGGGGGGAAUCUAUUUCACUCAUAUUGUAAUAAAGUAUAGGUCAUAUUUCAUAGAAAAUCUGGCCAGCUAAAAUACUGGACAGCUACUGAAAAAUCAACAGACAAUAUAUCCCCCUAGUGAUAGAGCUGAAUAUCUAUGGAUUAGGGUAGACGUCAUUAUGACCCUUUGUGGCAGGGUUGGGGGCAGCUCCAUUUCAAUUCAAUUAAUUCAGGAAGUACACAAAUUUCGAUUGGAAUUUCUUUCUUAUUGAAUUUGAGUUUACCUCCUGAAUUGAGUUGGAAUUGACCAACACAGCCUCUAUGCAAACUAAGGCCCAAUUAAAUUUACAUUUUAGUCAUUUAGCCGAUGCUCUUAUCCAGAGCGACUUACAGGAGCAAUUAGGGUUAAGUGCCUUGCUCAAGGGCACAGACAGAUUUUUCACCUCGUCGGCUCGGGGAUUAGAACCAGCGACCUUUCGGUUACUGGCACUACGCUCUUAACCACUAAGCUACUUGCCGACCAAUCACAGAUCAAAUCAAUCACAGAUAAAAGGGAAACCACACUACAGGUUCAACUCAGAAUGUUUACUCUGUAUUAAUGUUAACUGCGUUACACCUGACACACCCUAUAAGCUCCAGUGCAGACUGCAAUUGUCAGUAGAUAUUGAACUAUCCCCAGAAAAUACAGUAUCCAAAGUGUGGUUGCCUUUAGUGAUGGAAUUUGGUCCAAAUAUUGGCUUGCUCCUUUCCUAUCUUCGUUACUUUUCACUGAUGAAAAGACUUGAUUGGUAGUCUCCCUGUGCAGAUGGGUUGCCUCCCACAUGAACAAUGUUCCAACAUACAUGUCUGAACCGAUACAAACGUCCAGUUGGUAUAGUCGGAAAUGGACAGGAAAGCAGGAAAUACAGCUUUCUUACUUCACCGCCUUAUACGCUUGUACCCUGGCAUAAAUAUCCCCACCGGACACAAAAUUGGUAGCUAGCUAGAUGGAGCUGGCAAAUGAUAUUUUCAAUGUGUAUUUUCCAAGUUAGUAGUUUGCAUGCACCAUGACAGCUAACGUUAGCGUUACAUGCUUUCCACCACUGACUGGCUGUGGCUAUAAUUAGCCUAGCUAUCCUCUUUCAUGUUUCCGAGGUGAUAAUAUUUCAAGAGCACAAUUCCCGCCUGCAUUUUAAGCCGAGCCUACCCAAAUUUGUGAUUUGUUAGGAGAGUUGUCUGUCUGGAAUAUUUUUUUCUACCCUUUCGAAGUUGGCAAGAAAAUCCCCUAUUCUUCCCAGACCUAAGGCAACAGCACUUCCCGAGACUACUUGAUGUUAUUUUUCCUAUCGUCUAUAUUCUCUCUUUGGUUGUUCUCUUUAGGUUGACUGGCAGAGAGAAGAGGGUUGGUGGCUAUGACCUUAUGUGGAACGAUGGACCCGUCUACAGAGAAGAUGUCAACCUAGAGACACUGGGCAGCGCCUGUUUCACUGCAAACACACACCUCGGUAAGUCUGGCUUAAACUGUUACUCUGUCACCACACUUGGGUUCAAGUCCAUCUCAAGUCAGUCAAAAUGAUUAAUUUUUACACUUCAAUACAUUUGCUUCUCACCUUAGAGAGAGCAUAAUAUCAGAUUGUGUUUUGACAACUGUUUUCUCCACAACAGGCUGUGUAAACGACAGGAAGAAGCAACUCCGUCAGCUUCUAAAACCAUUUCCAGGCCAGAAGAGGAUAUGACACACUACAAAAAAAUAUUUUCCAAUUCAAAUGAAGAAUUAAUCAUGUCUGUGUACACAGUAUACAUAUCACCACUCUUGAGUUUCCAUCAAUAUUUAAUAAAUAUGUAUUUUCUUACAA